AUGAGCGAUGAACGUCCGUUGGACACUGGACGUGAUAGUUUCCGCCCAAGAUAUGAAGGGAGAGGGGGCAGAUUUGGUGGAAGAGGGUUUAGAAGUGGUCGUGGAGGAUUCAGAGGCGGACGUGGAUCAUGGGGUGGACGUUCAGAAAGAUUCCACCCAUCAAGAGUUGGACCACCACCAAGAAGAACAUACGAUAGACCAUAUGAAAGUGGUGUCGAAAAACAUCAUGAGAAUGGUAUCUUUAUUGGGAACCUUUCCUUUGAUGCUACUGAAGAGGAUUUAAGGGAUUUUUUUUCACAAGUAGGUGAAGUGGUAAAUGCCGAAGUUAUGUCAUAUAGAGGACGUUCAAAGGGUAUGGGUACAGUAGAAUUUACAAACCCUGCAGAUGCUGAAGAAGCAAUCCGUCAGUACAAUGGUGUUCCAUUUAUGGGCCGUGAUAUCUUUGUGAAGCAAGAUCAACCUCCUCCAGGAUCAAGACAAGAAUUUAAAUCAUCUGAACCAACACAACAAGGAUAUGAAGCAUUUGUGGUCAAUCUUCCAUAUUCAAUUACUUGGCAAAAUCUAAAAGAUAUCUUCAGAGAAUGUGGGGAUGUCAUACGUGCAGAUGUUGAAUUAGAUUACAAUGGGUACUCUAGAGGAUUUGGUUCUGUCAUUUAUGCAAACGAGGAAGAUAUGUUUAAGGCAAUUGAUUCAUUCAAUGGAGCUGAAUUAGAAGGAAGAAUUCUAGAGGUGAGAGAAGGUAAAUUUAAUCACCCAAGAGACACCUUUGAUGAUAGAAGAGACUUUGAUGAUAGAAGAGACUUUGAUGAUGUACCAAAGGAAGAAGAACCAGUUCUACCUCCAGCACAUAACCCUAGUUUUACUGAGGGUGUAAGUGGUGAUGGUGAAAGAAAUAAUACAGUGUACUGUAACAAUUUACCGUUAUCCACAACAGUCCCAGAUCUUUACGAUCUAUUUGGAAGCGUUGGUGAAAUUGCAAUGGCUGAGUUAGUGUAUGAUGAAACCGGAACAUCGACAGGUGCAGCUGUUGUAGAAUAUGCCAGUCAAGAUGCAGCUGAUGUUUGCAUCAACAAACUAAAUGGUUACAAUUAUGGAGGUCGUGACUUGCACAUAACCUACGCAUCCCGUCCAUAA